AUGGCUAAAGAUAAGGGCGGCAAGUCCAAAGGCAGACCUUCUCCAGAAGAGAUUGCCGAAAUAAGACGUCUACGCAAAGUUAAGAAAGAAGAAGAGAGACAAAAGCUCAUCGAACGAGGUAUAGAUCCAGAUGAAGUGAAUAAACCACCAGAAUUGAGGUUCAUCAAGAGAAAGCUCUUGCAAAUACCCUCCUCUGAGGUAGAAGCAGAAGCAGGCACUGAGCCAGAGUCGUUAAGAAUCAAAAUCAUGUCCUACAAUAUGCUUGCACAGGCAUUGAUUAGACGUAAGCUAUUCCCAACUAGUGGAACUGCAUUGAAGUGGUCUACCAGAUCUCAAGUGCUUAUAUCUGAAAUCAAAUACUACGACCCAGAAAUCAUGUGUCUACAAGAAGUUGAUUUCAUUCAAUUCAAUUCGUACUGGAAAGUGCAAUUCGAUCAAUUGGGUUAUGACUGUAAGUACUAUAGGUCUGGAUCUAAGAACCACGGUUUAGCUAUAGCUUAUAAAAGAGACAUUUUCAUAAAUACUCAUUUGUCUCACAUAAACUACGAUAAGGAAGAAACAUCCAAUUUAAAGCCUAGUUGUAUUACAAACAAUGUUGGUCUCUUGGCUAGUUUGACAUUCACUCCCAAGGUAUUAUCGAAAUAUAAGAAAAUAAGCAAGAAAGGUGUUAUAAUUGGAACUACACAUUUGUUCUGGCAUCCUUUCGGAACCUAUGAAAGAACAAGACAAACUUACAUCAUAUUGAAGAAGGUAAAAGAGUUCCAAAAUACACUCGCAACAAUAGAAGGUAGUGGUGAUUGGUAUACAUUAUUUGCUGGGGAUUUUAACUCUCAACCGUACGAUGUUCCUUAUUUGUCCAUUACUUCGAAACCAGUCAAGUACGUGGAAAGAGGUAAACUUGUCUUGGGAUGUUCAUUAUCUUACCAAUACUCGAAAAAUAGGGGUAAGGUUGAUCAAGGUGACGAGGGUGAAGGUGUUGAAGUGGAAGAAGAAGAUGAAGAACAAGAAGUAGAAGAGGAGGAGGAGGAGGAAGAGGGUGGUAAUGUUGAAAAAUAUGGAACCAAUCAGCCGAAGGACCCUGUGCCCGAGACCUUUGAUUUCACUGACGAACAGCUACAAACGGUACAUGACAUGGAAGAUCUACACAAUUCACUAGAUGUUAGAGCAACUUCGUUAUAUUCAGUUGGUUACGAAAUCGUAGACCCUAAAAAUUCUGGAAUAGACAACGAUAGAAAAGAACCGUUCUUCUCUAACUGGGCACAUGCCUGGAGAGGAUUACUUGACUAUAUUUUCGUCAUCAGCAAAUGGGACAUGGAGACCGAUAACUCUCAAGUUGAUACCAUAGAACAGGUACAAAAACAAUUCGGGAUAAAGCUUGUAGGUUUACUUCAAUUGCCCCAUCCCGAUGAUAUGGGACCCGAGCCUUCAGGUCAGCCUCGUCUUGGUCAAUUUCCAUCUGACCACUUAUGUAUAAUGUCCGAAAUUGAACUUUCCUGA